UCUCUCUUCUUAUCUCUGCUAUUUUCUUUUAUAUAAUAUGUACUCCAUAUUUUAUUAUUCUAUCUAGAAAAAGAGAAAGUAGAUACAAAAUGCAGAAAGUUUGAGACAAAAACUGCAAAAUUCCAUCAAUUAAAUAUCAAUUUAAGGGCUUUGUUUUAUGCAGUUGGCAUAAUAAUCUUGGUUAGCAUACCUCCAACAACAACUACGCCCAAGUCCCAAACAAGUUGUGAUAUUGUUAGUACCUCCGAAAGGAAAUAAUCAUCUCAGCAGUGAAUUAGUAGAGUGUCUAGUUGCUUUCUGACACAUGGGAAAUAUUGAGGAUGGGAAGUCUUCUACGCCUGAGAAAUCAUUUUCGACUGCACCAGAUCAAAGCAAUCUUCAUGUGUAUCCUGAUUGGGCUGCGAUGCAGGCAUAUUAUGGUCAUCGAGUAGCUGUACCUCCAUAUGUUAAUUCUGCUGUUGCACCUGGUCAUGCUCCUCAUCCUUACAUGUGGGGCCCGCUGCCGCCUAUGAUGCCACCUUAUGGCACACCAUAUGCAGGAGUCUAUGCACAUGGUGGUGUUUAUCCGCACCCUGGAGUUCCUAUUGUGUCCCGUCCUCAGGCGCAUGGAAUGACAUCAUCUCCUGCUGUUAGCCAAACCAUGAAUACUGCUUCUUUGAGUAUGGAUGCUUCUGCUAAGUCUUCGGGGAACUCUGAUCAAGGCUUGAUGAGUCAGUCAAAAGGGUUUAAUGGGCUUGGAAUGUCAAUUGGAAAUUUCAGUGUUGACAAUGGUGAUGGCACUGACCAUGGACCUUCUCAGAGUGGGCAAACUGAAGGUUCAAGUGAUGGAAGUAACAUACACACAGCAGAGGUUGGUGAGCACAGUAAGAAAAGAAGCCGCGAGGCAACUCCUAAUAACUCUGGUGACAGAAAAAGUCAAAGACUGUGCAGUCCACAACGCACUAGGGAAGUAAAUGGGGCCUCAGAGAAGGGAAUUGGUGUAGCUGUUAAUCCUGGUAAUAUAGCAGAAAAAUUAGCGGGAACAGCAUUUUCUCCUAUCAUGACUACUACUCCACUAGUAAAAUCUAGUCCAACUUCACAAAUCAGUCCUGCAGUGCCAGGCGAAGUCUGGUUACAGAAUGAACGUGAGCUGAAGCGGGAAAAGAGGAAGCAGUCUAAUCGAGAAUCUGCAAGGAGAUCAAGGUUGAGAAAACAGGCGGAAGCUGAAGAAUUGGCAGUGCAGGUUCAAUCUUUAACCUCUGAAAAUUUGGCACUCAGAUUAGAAAUAAACAAAUUCACCGAAAACUCUGAGAAACUAAAGGUUGAAAAUGCUGCUUUAAUGGAGAGACUGAAAAACAAGCAAGGACAAGCAAAAGAGGUAACUUUAGGUAUGAUUGAUGAUAAAAGGCUGAAGCCUGUUAGCACAGCAGACCUACUAGCAAGAGUCAACAACAACAAUGGUUCAUUCAAUAGAACCAACGAAGACGGUGAAGUUCAUGAUAGUACCUCUGGAGCAAAGCUUCAUCAACUCCUUGAUGCCAGUCCCAGGACUGAUCAUGCCGUGGCUGCUAGAUGAUCAUCGACUAAUAGUAAUGACCGUGGCGGUGUGGUGCCUACUUUGAGAUGAUAAAAGUAUAAGAAAUUUAACAGUACAGAGGAGCUUAAGAAAUUCUAAUUUCGCCUAAUUGUAAUUUAUCCAUGGAUGAAGCUGAGGAGUGUUUUUUUGGUCCCUUCACUUCAGAGUGCCAUGUUGCAUGAUGGUCUUAUGUAAAUUGGUAAUGUUAGCCACAUUAGAAACUUGACUGAUUGAAAAGAGUU